AGAGCAGCAGUAUGGCCGACCAGAGCAGGCAAAUUAAACUCGCUGCAGCUAAGAAAAAGGUAAAGUAUUUUACUACUUGCCCAUGUGAUCAUUAGAAGUGCUGGUCAUUUCUCCUAUCUGCGGCUUUAUGUUGCCGGUGUUUUCUUCAGUGCAUCUUAAUUUGUUCACGGAACAGGGGUGUUGUCAUUACACGUCGUCCGACCUCUGCGCUACCGCUUGUCCCGUCUCCUUCGCUCAUUUGGCCGCUUCGGUGCGCAGGAUAGGCCGGUGCUUCUUCUGGGCCUUUAUUGAUAGCAUUAACUUUCCCAGAUUAUGUGGACUAUUUUUAGUCAUAUGAGGCAUUUACAGCACCCCAAGACAAUACCUUAGUCAGCAAUAAAUCUCACUUUCUUUAUUCGCCAUUUAGUUUUAUUUGUCUCGCUAACUGACGUUAAAUAUCACAUUAGCAAACCAUAACGUGCUAACUGAGGCAAGUUAACGUUAGCGGGCUUGCUAACUAAUGAAUAGUUGUCUGUGAGUGAAUGUCAGGAAUGCCAUACACCACUCCGACAGCUUUCUUCCUUAUCUGCAGGAUGUUUCAAUGAAUUGAGAGAAAAAAGCUAGCAGACAUAAAGGAAAGCAGUCAUUUGGCUAACAUUAUAGCUCUGUUAGCUUGACAGAAUGACGGGGACUGUUUUGACAGCUGACACCCCUCUUCUCUGUUCCUGUCCUGCUGUGGGGUUUGGCUUGGUGUGUUGUCAAGUAAGCCUGAAAGAUGGCCUUAUCAGCUGUGAAAUGUUAGCUUCAGGGAAAUGUCUCGUCAGCAUGUCGUUGUAACUGCCUACAGUAUUCUUGUGUCUGACAUUUUAACAUAGUGUAUAAGCUGCAAUUCAUUUUAAGUGUUAAAAUUGUUAAAUGCACCUCCGUGGUUUCCGUUGUCCCAGCCAAAAUAAACACAUCACAUAUUCCCAGGUAAUCAUAGUUUGCUGCUAACGCUCAACAACUUCAUCUUGUUUGGUUUAGAGGUGUCAGCCACUGAACAAGCAAGUCAAAGCUGCAAUAACUACUCGCAGAGGUGGCCUGAUACUAUUGAAUCAUUAUUGAUCAAUAGCAGGCUUCAUCGGAAUGAGACAUUGCAAUAUCUGCCAAUUUGUAUCAAUACAUGCUGCGGAUAUAGUGAUCCAUUAAUUAUGCACAUACUAUGGUAGGUUAUACAAGCAAACAACAAGGUUAAAAAAACAAUCUCAGCUGGGUUGAACUAUUUCAGAGUGUUGGAAACAGACAGCCGAAUAACUUAUUACACUACUUGUGAAGGACAGGAAAGUAGGAAUGGGAAUCGAAAACAGGUUCCAAAUGGUGUAAUCCAUCGACAUCGUUUACAUUUCAUCUUAACGAUUCCUUUCUUACGGGUGCCUUGAAAAUUGGUCUCGCGAGAGCUAGUCUAAGCGAAAGAGAACAGAGGCUGUGUCUGAAAUGAAUCAUUCAAUCCCUAUCCCCAAUAUGGGGUUUCACCAUAUAGCUGACUAUGUAGUGAGCUCAAUUACCGGAGGUUUCAGACACUACAUGGCAUGACGCAAUGCAUGAUGGGAUGCCCACCACCUGUGAGUGACCAUUGGCUGGUCACUACAUUUUGCAAUGCUCUAUGGGAAAUUUUGUAUCACCUAUAUGGGUCAUUGGAAUUGAUCACUCAGGUUUUAAACACCCCUCAAAAUGGCGCAAACCCCCAUAUAGUCGCCUAUAUAGGGGUUAGGGAUCCAUUUCGGACACAGCCAGAGUCUUUGAGGGAAAAAAACAUGGCGGAUGGUACAAGCGAGGUGUAGUGGGUUUUGUAUGGAAGUUUUUAGUUUGUGUAGUGUGGACUAACUGAGUUAGAAGCGCAUAAAAAACACUUAACCCACCCUGAAAUACCCCUCAAAAUAUUGUGCGCGACUCUGCCCCACGUAGUUGUGUCCUCUUUUUGGGGUCUAAGACUAUGGUCACCUUGAUUUGACUUAAUACCGACCAAAGCAAAUGCUGUACAAAUAGUUUGCCGUUUGCUUAUUUUUAGACUCUCACUAAAGGUGGCAUACUUCUUUUACUGUUAUCAGAGACUCAAUAAAAUUUUGAGUUAAGGGUGAAAACCUAUAGUCUACUUUUUUCGAAUCAAAGAAAGGCAUUGAUAAAGGAAUCGUUAAAGAAUUGAAUCGAUAUUGGCAUCGAUAUUUAUAAAAUCUUAUCAAUUCCCAUCCUUACAGGAAAGGUAGGGGAACAAAAUGACACCCCUUUAACACAACUUAUUUAACUGUGCAUCUCAUGAACCUUCAUAUUUAACAGCUUUAUAAGAAUACAUUCAUCAUCUGUAGUGAUUUACAUGUUUUUUUUUAUCAAGUUGUCCACAUAUUUCUUCAUUUGAAUUUUUGUAUUUGAAGAAUCUUGUGUUUCAACAGAGACAGGAAGCACCUCAUUCAGGAUUCAUUUUAAAACCUAAUCUAGAACAAUUCACAAGCUCUCUUUUUGCCGAAAUGGAUCUAGUCCAUUGAAAUUACAAUUACAAUCAAGCAAAAGACAGUUACAAAAAGCCCAGAGGAAGCAUCUGAAAUGAUACCUUUGUUAUAAGAGAAGAGACGAAAAAAAGUACACCAUUUAGCCCUAACUUUAUCGUUUAAAAAAACAUAAAAAUGUCAAAAUAAUAGGAACCCUUAUCUGUGUAAUGCAGUCUAGCACUACAAAUUCAACAAUUAUCACUUGUCUGUCUACGUUAACAAAUAUUAGCUUCAUAAAAGUACAAUUUGUGACGGAGUUGUCGGGAAGGAAACAUGAGAGGAAUGUGGCGUCAGAUAAAGAUCAUCUGUGUACUUUCUUACAUCAUUUGUUCCCUUUUACAUGUGCUACACAGCUGAAAGAGUUUCAGCAGAAGAGUUCCCCUGCUAGUGUGGGAGGAGAAAAGGGAGGGGGAGGAGGAGGUGGCGGAGCAGGGGCCAAGAAGAAGAGAAAGGUGAAGGGGCCGAAUCAAAAUGAUGCAUCGUCAACAGACAGAAACUCUCCUGUCAACGUAAGUCAGUCCCACAUUUCUUUACCCACGUCAUGCCACUCUUGUUUUAUAAACUAAUAACCUUUCUUCUUGUGCUUUAUGCUUUCUAAAAAACCUAAUGUGACCCUGUAAAUUAAGUUUGAACACUUCCUGCUUUAUGCGCUAUUGUUUGUUUGUCUUCUGAGUCAAAACAAAAAUUCCCAGGUCUGUGUAUGUACAUGUAAAGCAUCAAGAAUACAAUCUGCAGCCCUGCGUUCAACAGAUUCCUUUCAGCAGGAAUAGUUUUGUUGUGAUUGGAAGCUGGCAGAGCAGCAUAAACCUGUUCAAAGAGAUCCACAUGCUUUAUAUAUAAGGUUUCAUUUUGUUCGUUUGACCUUUUGGAGUGAGCCAGCUCAGCUACUUUUCACAAAUAUUUGCUGGCGGUAAUUUAAUACAGCCGAAUGAUAAUAAAGCUUGCAAACACUAUCCUCCUUUUUUUGUGAAAGUCAGUGGCCUCGUUAAUUUUUGAGAUAGUUCUGACCUUUUGACUAUAAAAGUGACAACGAUUAUGCCUAAAGAUAUAGUGCAGGACAAAGAGAGGUAGCUUGUUUAGUUGAGUGAAUUUUUUUAGCGGUUCGUUCAGUCAAAGUUUGUCAAGUCUGCAACAGUGUUGGUUAUAAACUUGUAUGUUUUGUCAGAUUAUCUGUUUUAACUGAUAAUCUGUUGGGCAUAUUUGCUCGUCAAAUCAGCCUUACACUUUGAGCCCUUUUUAAAGCGUACAUCAUAACAACAUGUGGAAUGCAGUAGCAGUAGCCUUUUUUGUGGUUUUAUCUCUGUUGUUUGUGCAUUUUUGCUCCUCUGGUUGAAGGAACAGAAUUUGGACAGAUGCACACGAUCUGAUCCUUAUCGGACAGUCAUUUCCACAUCUGACUUGUAAUAUUGUCAAAGUCAUAGUCAUAUAAAAAGUGAAUCACUGUGAGAUGUAGCAAGUAUAGAUUAGGCAGGUUUGAGUCAUAUCUUACACUGAUGUGGUCAUCACUGCUAAACCAUUUGAAUAGCAAACACCUGCUUCUUAUGCGGCCUGUUUCUAAAAGCUCGAACAGGCAAAUGGAGAGUGUCAGUGAGGGCACAUAGUGAGACAUGUGACUCUGGCUCACAGCUCCGAACAGAGGGCCGGACUCUCAGGUCAGUUUUCCACAGGCAGUGUGGGCCAGUGGAUUUCUGAGCCUGAUAGGAACCCGAGCUGUCCGAGUUUGAGAGCUUGUAUUCGAGUCUGAUAAAGUUAUUGUUCAAAUCCUGGAUUGAGUCAGAUGGUCUGAACAGGGCGAGUGAAAAACAAUCCGUCUCUUCUUGUAUGAGGUGCUGACAGUAACCAGUCGGAGUGUUCGGACACAAAUCAGCAAAAACCCUUGGAAAGAGCGGCCAAGCAUGAUGGUACCCGUCUCAUGUUAGCAAAUAAAUUCUUUGACCUUCAGGAAAAGCUGUCAAACUUCCCCUUAUUUAAACAGAUCAAUAAGACAGCAAAUAAUCACUGACUUGGCACAUGUUACUCUAGCAGGGAGAACUGUGAGCAAGGUCAGUGUGUCAAUCUGUGGAGCUAAUUGUUGAGGAAGCUGAAGCAGCUUGGGAUCAGGAGUCAGACAUUCACAAUUAGGAUUAUACACAGCGUCUCUGGCUAUGUUGUUUAUAUAAAAUAAUACUGUUUAGUGUUUAGGAUACAUUUAUAAAGGCUAUACUUAGAUGAACUGGGUGUGCUAGCCUCUUUUCUUCUCCCAGUCACCUCUAGACCUGCUUCUGCCUGUUUCCCGACUUCUCUUUCACUGUGGUGGUAACUGUUCGUCUCUCUUUCGACCUCCCUCCCUGUUUCCUCUCCCUGUAGUUUGACCAUAUUUUGAAAGCAUUUACUCAAAGCAAUGGAGUAGUCCUCCCUCUUUAUGGCAACAGUCAGGUGAGCCUCUGCCAGUCUCUCUCUCUCUCUCUUUCCUGCCUUUUUUUCCAUCUCUGCAUCCCUCUCCUCCUCAUGUGCUUUUGAAUAUUUCAACUCGCUUCCCCGGUCUGACCUUCUUCUUAAGUCAGGUGCACAUAUUCCUGUUUGUCACAUGGAGAAGAUCGCAUGGGACCAGCUUAAGUGCAAAUUCUCACAUCAGUGUUGUGUAUCUCUUUAAUCCCCUGUAUUAGAGUGCAUUGAUGGCUGAGAUAAAUGGAGGUUGCACGGUGAUUUUCUGAGUGUUGUCUGAUCUCCAUCAUUCGUUGAAGUUCAGUUUUGCAGGGCAGCGUGUUUGCCUUGAGUUGCACGAGUCUAUUGUUGCAUGGCUGUGAUAUAUGAGCAUCAUGUGGGCAUGCAUCUCGAAAAAGGGAAGAAAAAAAUCAAACUGUUUGUGUUUCAUCUUGUUUCCCAGCACCACUUUUCUUGUUGAAUUUCUUGUCUUGUCCGCCUGCACUCUCUUUCAAGUGUUUUGAAACCAUCAUUGAGUAUUUCUGAACGUCUAACACACAUUAACUGAUAAGGCUGAGAAAGCGCAGGCCUGUUAACAGCCGGUUUGUUUGUCAGACAUUCAAAUUCAUGCAAGCAUUUAUUCAACACAGUCACAUUGAUGCUUUAAUUCUGCAAGUGUUGCAGAGAGCCCCAUGAGCUCUCCAUCAGCUCUCAACAUAAGUAAUAGAGCUUGUACUCAAAGGCAGUAACAAGUGCCUCCAUCCUUCUUUUAUUUAGACAUUGUACUAUCAGUUAAAUUAUGAUAUUCAGAUGAUAACAUCGCCUUCACUUCACUCUGACACAAAUCUAUUUUAGUUUAACACAUCACUCUGGUCUCUUUAUGUUUGCUUUUCAUUGUAAUCGCUUCUUUUUGGCAUUAAACAAGUGUGUGUGCAUUUUCUGUGUGUGUGUGUCAUCUUAGACGUUUGCCGACAUGGAGGUCAUGGUGUCCUCAGAUACCCAGCCGCUGGAGGACCCAUCGGCUGAGCCUAGCCGCGACUCACCCGUGUCUAACUCUGCUAGCGCUAACACUGCUACUAACUCUGAGUCUGCCGGUCACAACACUGACCUGCAGGUGUGUGUCUCUCUGCUCAUACUUUUCUUGUGUCUUAGAUUUGUUAAUGACUCUUAAAAGUCUCCUGCUACAUUUAAACAAGUGUGUUUGUGUUGAAAACAGCAGUUCCUCAGCUGAAUAUGUGAAGUUUCAUCAUAGAAAUGAGAAACUUUGUCUUUUUCUUUUGGUCGUGUUCUCUUCCUGUAGGAGUAUCCUGAUACCAACGGCAGUGAGAGUUUGACAGAAGAAAACAGGUAGGUUUUGUUUUAUGUUAUUAUCAAAAUACACCUAAUGCACAGAAUACAGAUGAUAUAUAAAUGUCUGCUCACUUGGUAUCAGUAUGUUUGCCUAACUGAAAAUGCUGCUGUGGAUCUGCUAAAGUUCGCAGUGUGUUUAUAAAUAUGAAACAUUAAUUUAAGUGAAAGAUUCAUUCAAUAUUUGGAGUUGGGUAUGGCUGCAGCCUCCAUUUCAAGUCCCCCAAUCUCAUCCCUUUCUGUCUUAUGUCUUGGCUUGCACAGCAGUAAGUUAACAGAAGUCAAAAACAUGAAUUUGCGCAAUAUUUUCAAGAUGGAGCCACAGGUUUGAACUUUUAGCCACAUCUACAGUUUGCUUAUUUCUAAACAUGCAAUGACUCUACCAUUUAAACUUGCGUCAGUAUCUUACUUUUACGUAUGAUAGCAAUAUCUUUUCCUUACGCUAGGAGGCUCAUCUAUAGCAGUAAAGAUAAAAAGUGUGAGUAGUACACUGUAUCUUGUCACCCGGGGCAUGUAACAGUUUUUUUUUUUUUACACAUUGACGUACACCUAAAGGAAAAUAAUUAAAACAAACCGUCACUGCCUGUAACCAUAAAUUGCUCUUGGUAACAUUAGCAAACAUUUGCUAACAAACAUCAAGUUAAAUGCUUGAACAGCUUACGUUGGUAGAGUCAUACAACAUUAAAAGGUCUUUCUAUGAGGAUUGCUAGAAUACAAUAUAAUAAUGAAAACAGAACAGGUUUUUAGUAUUUCUGUAGUCUUUUACGAUUUUGUACAAUUAAUACGAUACGAUAUAGUGUAUGGUAUGGUAUCGUAUUGUAUUAAGCAUACAGACAUAUUUUUAAGUAUUUUAUUCAUUUGCAUGAUUGCAGAUACCAUUAAGCUCCAAAACACCAGGGUAUGAAAUAGACAUAGUGGUCUAGACUGCUGUCAUUUUGAAUAUCAGGAGCUUGGGGGUCAUGGCAUGUGGCACCAAGCCAGAGGGCUUAAGAUGGGAGGCGUCUGGCUGCAGCCGUACACUCUUAAAUAUUUGUGCACAACUUCAAAGAUAACCUUAAAAUGACAGGUGCCUUAAAGUCGGUUUAAAAGACAACAUUUUUCUGUCACAUUUCCUUCUAUCUAAUCAUCUGAAUACCAAUGCAACCGAGUAAAUCACAUAUUUACUGUGAAGAUUGAUUUCUAUUGUGUGUUUUCCUGCAGACCAUUGUCUUCCACAGAGAGCCUGCGGCAGCUCUCACAGCAGCUGAACGGCCUCGUCUCUGAGGUACGACUUAAAAACUGCCUCUGUCAUCCUGUCUCUUGCUGUUUUCCCUCUUCAUCACAAUCGCACACACUUCAACACACACACAUGCACACACAUUUUUUUGUCAGUCAGUGUAAUGCUUUUUACAGUGACACACUGCCACUGAUGUACACCCUCACUGGGGGCGUGUUGCGUCUAUUCCUGGCAGGAAUGCACUGGAAGCAUUUUCAAAUUUGCCAGUUGUUCCCAGUGGCCUCAAGCAUGCUGGCAGCAUCAACUGAUGCACCAAACCAGGCACCUGAUACAUUGUCUUUGAACUCUGUUUAUAAAAUCAACAUAAAAGUCAAUUUAUGAAGUGUGCUCUCUGAAACACAAUCUACACUGUCUUCUGAAUUACUAAGAAGGUUAACUAGAUGAGUAUUAUACGGGUAAUGUGAUGGCAGGCCUUAUAGAAAUGCAGUAAGCAUACUUUUAUGAAACUUUUGAAGACUUACUUUCAGGUGUUUUGCCUUAUUUACAUACGAAAGAAGAAAGGUGUAACAAAUGCUGACUAAACAAGUUGCCCAUCUGCUAUGCAUCCAGCAGAGUUCAAUUCCAAGCUCAUAAACGAUUUUUUUUAAUUUAUUUUUUUUAUCGUAACUCAGUCCUAGUUUUAUUUCUGCUUGUCUACAGAAAUAUGAAUCUAAAUGGUGUUAUAAGGUCUUCACUGCUGAAGGCUUUUGACUGCCCUCAAACUUGUGAUGAGUGCAGAUUUUUGUGUAGCAGGUGCAUUAAUGUUUGUGUGUCUGUGUCAUUGCAGACGUCUGCUGCGUAUGUGAAUGGAGAUGGUGUACCUUCUGUCAGUGAGAGAGAACUGGAGGUAAGAUGGUGAUUCAAAGAAAGCAUUAGUUUCCAAAUCUGAUCGCAAAGUUAGACGUCAUUCAACACCAAACUGCUUACAGUCAAUGACAACCACAUUGUCUUCACUUCUGUCUACUGACAGUAUAACUAGUUGUGUUUUCACACAUUGUUACAUUGGAUCCAUAUCCACAAUUUAAGACUGUUUUUUUUCCUUAAACAUUAAGUGCGACUAAGAAACUCUUGGGGACAUCAGUUAGCCCCAUUAAUCACUUUAAUAUCCGUCAUGUAUUUUAACUAUUAGCUUCACACAUUUUCGUGCCACUUGUAAAAGUUUUAUUAUUUGCCUCCAUGUUAAGGAUUCACAUUUGAAUUUUUUCUUCUCCUCCAACACAUUUUUUUGUUUAACUUUUGCCACUGCACUUUAUCCCUCUCUUCUUCUUCUUUUUCUUUUUUUUUUUAUUUGUUCUGUCCCUGAUGCAUGUGUUGCACGUAUUAGAGUCGGAACCAGGAGCUGGCAGCUGCCCUGGAGUCCAGCAACCUAACAAACUCUCAGCUCAAUACCAAGCUAGACCAGCUGGUAAGAAGCUGUGUUUGUAUGCGGAACUAUGUUAUUGUGUGUGUGUGUGUGUGUGUGUGUGUGUGUUUGUUUUGAGAUGUCCUUUUUCCACACAAUUACCACACCAGUGACACAUAUUAGUGCAUGCACUGUUUACGUUCUGCAUGUCAUUUUCGAUAACAACUGAAUUAAGUCAUGCAUGUCUUUUAUGCCAUUCAUCUUUCAUGUGAGCCGAGUAACAUACAUGUUAUAAUAAAUGCAUAAGGUACAAUGUGUGUAACUGCUCCAGAGCUGUAAUAAUGAGAUAGCAAUACACUAACAGCAUAAACUUAAGCCUCAAAGAAACACUAGUUUGUAACAAAUCCGGUUACAGAACAUGCUUCUUAAUCUAGUCUCUUCCACUGUCUAGUGUGCAGAUAUAGACUUAUAUUACGCUGCUGAGAUAAUGAAGGAAGUGUUGAUCUUUGCAAAACUUGAUAAUCUGUCUUCUCUGUCUGGUAGGCGCAGCAAUCUCAAGGGCUCACAGAUCAGCUACAAAAGGUAAAUUUGUUUUUCAUUCCAUCUGCUCAGCUGUCUGUUCAUUAUUGCCUCCUCUCUCCAAUCCACUGAAUUCUUCCAACCCAGUCAUGUUAUAAUCUCUGGUAUUUUUUCUUCCAGGAGCGAAAAGAAUUUGAACAGAGAUUUUCAAAAGAGCAGGGAGCCAUGCGGGAGCAACUACAGGUAACUCUCCCGACACAAACACAGUGAUUGAAGUUUGAAAUGGUGAGAUAAAAUGAUUUAAAAGCCUCAUGAUUGUAUCAGUGUCAGAGUUCUUAGUGUUAUCUGCCUCCCCUGAUUGAAUGAGGACUUACUGUUGAAUUAGUAAGAAUUAUUUAGCCUCGUGAAAAAAUGUGCUUACAAUGAUUCUGCCCUCUUAAAGGUGCACAUCCAGACCAUCGGUAUUCUGGUGUCAGAAAAAUCAGAGCUACAAACAGCACUACAAUACACACAACAUGCUGCACGGCAAAAAACAGGUGUGUAUGCUUUGAACAUUUUUUUGUUGUUGUUUUUCAUCUUGAUGUCGACCUCACCCCAACAGCUGUUGACGGCUUCUGUGUCUUUGUCUCCUUGUGUGUGUUUGUAGCUGAUGCAGAUGAGUUGAAUAACCGUCUGCAGGCGACAAAGCAGAGAGUGUCAGAGCUGGAGAGAACCCUCUCCUCUGUAUCAACGCAGCAGAAACAGUUUGAAAAGGUAAAAAAAUACAGAUACAAUGGCUUUUGUCAAUCCUGUCUGCACUUGAGGUGGUUUUGAAUAUUUCCCUGUUCUUCAGGAUAACCCAGGAAGCAUUGAAAACACAUGGUGUAGUCAGUCUGUUAUCAGGUUCUUCAAACUGUGUCAUAGCAGCAGAUUAAAAACUUAUAACCCUGAUGUAUAAUUUGCCCCCUCCCUAUGCUUUCAUGAUGAAGUAAAGCUAAGUUGUCUAGGAAACACACAGUUCAACCAACCAGCAGAGAGCAGAUGUAAACAAACUAGUAGCUCCCCGUUUUGGCUUAUGCACAAUUCAUAUAAACGACAAUUGCCUUUGUGUAAGUACAUUUCCCAAAGCUGCUCGCUUCAAAAUGACAGAACAGAGUUUUUAAAAAAUGAAUACCCACCUUGGAAGGUGUUUUUGGAAACUUUUUUAAAACUCCCUGUCGGUGUGGCUGUAAAGAAAAACAGAAAAGAACUCUUCAAAAAUAUCUACAUAUCUGACAAGGCUUCAGAUAAGAUGACCAAGAAACAGCAGGCAUGUUUUACAGAAAGACAGCUAUAAACAGAAGUAUGUACCUAUGGUCUUGGUUCAAUUAGUUUAUGAAAAAUGAUCCGAUUCUGCUUCUUUCUUUCUUCUCCAGCACAACAAAGAGUUUGAAAAGGAGAGAGACAGUCUGAGGCUAGAGGUGUUAAGACUAAAGUAAGUUAUUUCACUCUACCAUACACAAGUUGAUGUAUUUCAUAACAAUUCCACAGCAGAAGCCUCUGCAGCACUGCUUCGACACUGCUAAUGGCAUUCAGAGUCCAUCAAACUGGCACAAACGAGACACUUCCGUGUGUGUUUGCAGCAAUUUAGGCGAGGAGUCGAAGCAGCAGAGCUCGGAGCUGUCAGAGCAGUUAAAGCUGAGGACAGAGGAGAACGGAGCCAUGAGGCUGGAGCUGGAGGACCUUCGCAAAAGGCUCGAGUUAGGUGACCUCAUGUUACAACAGGUGUGUAAGGACACUCACCUCGAUCUUGGUGAAACGCUUGCAUGGCUGCAUGGAGGUCUGUUUGCAAAUAUGAAUCAACCGUGUUAUUCCCUUUAUUUUCCUCCCAGUACUCCAGUCAGUCAGAUCCUUCCAGUGCCAACCAGCAGGUCCAGUUAUUAUUGGAAGAGAAGCAGCAACUGGAGGCACACAGUCACCAGGUCUGUUUACAAAGAACUCUUUAAUAAAGUUACCUGCAUGUGUCAGAAUAGUUAGAAGCCGUGCUAAUGCUGUCAUGAUUUUUUUUUUAUUGUGAACAGUUAAACUACAAAUAUCUCAAACUGAUGACUCAGCAAAAGUCAAUUUAGCUUAAUUGUUGCUACAAAUAAUUCAUGAGAUGCUGUCAAUCUAUUAUACCGUUCUGCGUUAAAUUAGUUGAUGUUUAUUGAAAUAAGGGACUCCUGUAUGUGAAUCUCUAAUGAUCAAAUUGAGUUUUAAACCCCCUCUAUUUUCAUGUUUUUAAUGUUGUAGAUGAUGGAGUCGAUCGCCAAGCUGCAGACAGAGAGGGACGUCUAUGCCGAGCAGAUCCAGGAAGAGGGCCGUGUCUGGAAGGACAAAACAGAACAGCUGCUAACUCAGGUAGACUAACUUUACAAAGAGUACUUUGUUCUUUGUUGUCUUCUCAGAUUAAUAACAACUCACCACCGUUUUUUUUUUGUGUGUGUGUGUGUGUCAGGUGUCUCUGGUUGCAGAGGAGAGGGACAGAAACAUCAACCGAGUCCAGGAACUGGAGGCUAGUGUUGCAGAACUCAAAAACGCUGCUGGUAAGAGGUUCAUGCCGCCGUAAUCUAAUUUAUUGUCCUUUACCGGAUUUCCUGCCGCUCAUUCCUUUAAUGUGCCGGACACCUUUGGUUAAGAAGCUGUCAGACUGCCUGACCAAACUUCAGGGGGAAAGAGGCCUGUAGCGUUCAAAAAUUCUAGUUUUAAAUAUUUCUUAAAUAUCUGUCCAAACACUUGAAAGCUCUCGUGUGUUUUACUCUUAUUUCUCUAUAUUGGUGUAUUGUCAGAAGAUUUUACCUUGAUGUUAAAUAUUCACAUUGUUAAGAUUAGGGGUGUCCCAGUACAACUUUUUUACUUCCGAUACGAUGCCGAUAUCGUAGCCUUCAGUAUUGGCUGAUACCAAUAUUGAUCUGAUAUUGGCAAAAACUCGUGCAUGACAAGUUUUGCACUCAGCUGCAAUGUCUUUUUCGGACUAUAACGAAAAAUACUGCCACAUAGUCGACAUCACCCCUACUCCUUGCUACUUUGUUUGUACUGUAUGCUGCGCUGGAGUUACCGCAGAAGUCAGAUGUUGGUGCUGAAAAUGACGUCACAUCCGAGUUCCCAGCAUUUCAGUUACCAAGUCGGAAAAAAGUAGAAACAAGAUGGCUACAUCUACAAAAGUUAUUUUAGCACUUGCCUUAUAUUCGGACAAGGCAAGCGCUAAAGUAACUUUCGUAGAAGUAGCCAUCUUGUUUCUGCUUCUGAUUUUGAUUUUUUCCGACUUGGUAACUGAAACGCUUGUGUGACGUCAUUUUCACCUCGGACUUCUGACUUCCGAGGUAACUCGAAUGCAGCAUUAGUACACAAUGUUGUUGUGAUCAUGUGGGCGCUGCUAGCUAGAGCUGCCAGAGCUGAGUCUGGAAUGGACUGCUUGUAUCGGAGUGCUGAUAUCGGAGUUUUUUGAUGGAGGCCGAUACAAUCUGAUAUUUGUUUUUGGUCGAUAUCGGACAGAUAGCAGAUAUUCCAUAUCAAUAUCAUAUCGGAACAGCCCAAGUAAAGAUCUUGAAACCCUUUUUUGGCGUGGUUGUGUUAGUCUGAAAGCCUGAAGUAAAUGAUCCAUAGACGUCCAGAUAUGUGGCACAUACUGGUGACACAGUCAGCGACAUUGAUACAUUAAUGUCAUCUUACCUCUUGUCCUCCAGCGCUGUUGUCUCAGGAAAGACAGGUGCAGCAAGAAGCCCCGCCUCUGUCAUCAGGCCCCUCAGAGAACGAGGUGGCUCUACAGGAAGCCCUCAGUGCUCUACAACAGGAGAAAGAGGCUCUCACUGAACAGUACCAGGCACAGGUAUACAUUUUUGAACACUCCUGUCUUGAUUUUUAAUCGUGUAAAGCUCACCUGUAAGUUUGUAACCAGCGCCUGCGAUGUUUCCCCUCAGCUGCGAGAUAACCAGCAGCUGAGCCGGCUGUGCGCGGAGCAGGAAGCACGUCUUGGGGAGCUUGAACGGCAAGUGGAGGGCCAAGUGCAGGAGGCAGAAGACCGCCGGCGCAUGCUGGAGGAUGUUCAGUCAGACAAGGCUACGAUCAGCCGCGCUCUCACCCAGAACCGUACGCUGAAGGACCAGCUGGCUGAGCUCCAGAAUGGUUUCGUCAAACUGGUGAGGGCAGAAAUCUGGCAGUCUGACUCGCUAUCUUCUGGGAUGGGAGGCUGUUUUCUUUAAACUUGAUUGCCUGUUUUUUCUUUCUUCUGUAGACUAAUGAAAACAUGGAGCUGACCACUGCCAUACAGUCAGAGCAGCAUGUGAAGAAGGAGCUGGCUCGUAGAAUGGGUGAACUGCAAGAGAACCUGCACAACGCCAAGGAACAGGUAUGGUCUUGUGCUGGGGGUCAGCUGCAGAUCUUAUAUGCAGUCUCUAUUCUUUAACUUUUUACUGCAAGAUCUUAAAAUGCAAUUUUUUCUCCUGUAUAAUAGUAUAAUAACAUCCCGACAGAGAAGAACACAUAGCUGUUUUCUUUUCCACUUGGUUUUAAUUCUCCCUCUCCAUUCCCUCAGCUUGAACUGAAAUCCACGGAGAUCCAGGGUGUGAUGGAGCAGAGGGACCAGGUAGUGGCCCACCUGCAGCAGUACUGCGCUGGCUACCAGACCCUGGCCUCAGAGCGGGAGCAGCUCCACCACCAGUACCUACAGCAAGUCCAGCUCAUGGACCGGCUGCAGCACGAUGAAAGCCAGGGCCGCGUGCAACUGGAGAUCAGCCACAAUCAGCUCAAACAGGCGCAGGUGUGUCCAAGAUCGAUGAGAUGCUUUUAGAGUCAGUAUACUGGGCCGUUUGUUGGUACUUAAAGUGACCUUACACUCUAUCAUUUCAUUUAUCUCCUAAGCACAAACACUCUUACACUAUUUUUUAUCAUUCUUUAAAAAGGGCUCUCUGUCUCCCUCUACAGGAUCAUUUGGAGAUGUUAGUCAGAGACAAUGAGCAGCUGAAGGCCGAGGUGAAGGAGCUGCUCAACAGCUCAGCUCUGAGCCCUUCAUCCAGAGACCAAGGUAUGUUCUUCCAUUCCUUAUUUGUGAGUAGAUUUUCCAUCUAGUUAUGGUUUUAAUGGUUUGAUGCAAAAGGAGACCCUUAUAUUUUGAUCCUACUCUCAAAUUUCAUUUCUCAUUUUGGCACUUAGGUGAUGGAGUGGAAAGUCAAUCCUUACAAGAGAGCCCAAAGAGGUCUUCCUCCAUCGUUAUCCCCGAGGACUUUGAGAGCCAGAAGGAGAUGGUAAGGAGAUUGAGGAGUUAUGAUCAUCAAAAUGCUGCUUUGGUAAAAAUACAUGAGGAAUAAUUGGUAAUAGUUUAUUUACGUUUGCUUCAUACCUUUAUUUCAUUAAUAUUAUUCCACUGCAAUGCCAUUAUGAUAACCCUCCCUUUUUCAGGAGGAGUUUAUAAGAGGAGCCUUGGCUGAGCUGGAAGCAGAGAGGGAUGAGGCCAGGAGACAACUGGAGGAGGAGCACCGGCUGCACAUGGCGGCCCGACACCAGGCCGCCAUGGCCCUCAGCCAUGAGCACCAACACCAGAGCCACAAACCUGAUCAUGAACAUCAUCACAGUCAUGAGCACGACCACCUUCAGGACCAACACAGUCACUGUGAACACAGCCAUGAACAUUCAGGUGAGAGAGACCAGAUGAUUUCUUGAGUCAGUUUGUAAAGAAACCUACAAAACUUCUUCCUGAUGUUUUCUGCUGGUAAACAAAGUGUUCGCUGUCUUUCCUGCAGAUGGGGGAGUACCAGUAGAGGUUCAUCAAGCGCUGCAAGCUGCCAUGGAGAAGCUUCAGCAUCGUUUCACUUCCCUCAUGCAGGAGAAAGCUGACUUGAAAGAGAGGGUGGAGGAGCUAGAGCAUCGCUGCAUCCAGCUGUCUGGAGAGACUGACACUAUAGGUGGGAUAGAGGGAUGUUCUGUUGUGUGUGUCACUUUGUUUACACAUCCUUAUCGCUAAACUCAUUUGUGUUUCCGUGUCUCCAGGAGAGUAUAUCGCUCUGUACCAGAGUCAGCGAGCCAUCAUGAAGCAGAAACACCAAGAGAAGGAGCAGUACAUCAGCAUGCUGGCCCAGGACAAAGAGGAGAUGAAGGUAGUGUUAAAGGGAUAUUCUGGUGUAAAACUAAUUUAGGGUCAAACACACCAUAACACCGAGUUAGACACCCCCGAGAGAGAUGAAUGUUGCCGACAACUUGAUUCUCUAGUUAUACCAACUUUAGUAACGACCGCACGAUAGCAAAACACAGCAGUGUGAGGAGAUAGAAACAAACCUCAACCAAAACGCCACUCUAUAGCCACAAAUAAUGCUCAUAACAGCACCUAACUUCAUCAACAGGACAUAUAGGAUCCCAGCCAUAGUACUAGCCACCAAACAUCUUUUUAACUUUGCCUGAUUUCUUUAGCAAAGAGACUAAACACAACUCACCUACUCUCUUCCAGCAGCCGCUUGUUUGUACGGAGACCUCGGACUAGUCCAUCAUUGACUGCAGCGGGGUGAUGCAGCUCAAGGAAGAGCAUUUAAGAUCAUUACUUUAAGUAAUAGUCACCAUAUUAAUCAUUUUGCACUGCAGACGCGGUGGUUCUUCUGCCACAGCGUCUCGGUCUGAUUGCAUUUCCAUGAAGAAAUGAUUAUAAAUGUUCUUCCUCGAGCUGCAUCACCCCGCUGCAGUCUGUAAUGGACUGGCCUGAGGUCUCGCUACAAACAAGCGGCUGCUGGAAGAGAGUAGGUGAGUUGUGUUUAGUCUCUUUGUGAAAGAAAUAAGGCAAAGUUAGAUGUUUGGUGGCUAGUACUGUGGCUGUGUACUGUUGAUGAAGUUAGGUGCUGUUCUGAGCAUUAUUUGUGGCUAUAGAGUGGCUUUUUGGUUGAGGUUUGUGUAUGGCUCGUCAGCACGCCGUGUAUUGCUUUCAUGUGGUCAUUACUAAAGUUGGUAUAACUAGAGAAGCAAGCGGUCGGCAACAUUUAUGUCUCGAGGGGGUGUCUAACUCGGUGUUUCGGUGUGUUUGACCCUAAAUUAGUUUUACACCAGAAUACCCCUUUAAGUAACCUUUUUGCUGCCUCUAUACAUUUGUGCUGAUAUGUUUUUGUUCUCCUUUAACUUGUGUUUAUAUCAUAUUCAAGUCCUCCUCUUUGUUUUCUCUCCCACCCAAAAGGCAAAGCUCGCAGAGCUGCAGGAUCUGGUGAUGAGGCUGGUGGCUGAAAGGAACGACUGGUACAAUCGCUACACGGGAGUUGUGGCCGGUGCAGGCACACCGAACCCUGACCUGCUUCCAAUUGGGGAGGAUCAGACUCACGCAGAGCUCAAAGCACAGACACAUCCAGAGCUUGAUGCUGUCAGCGGAGCAGGUGGGCACAGCUGCGGUGAACUGGCUCCAUCAUAAGUUAUUCCCUGCAGCUCCAUAUUUCAGCAAAUUCCUUCUCUAUUUCUCUGCCUGCAGAAGCCAUGGAGGUCAUCCCCCUGUCAGAGCCCACCACAGGCCUCGACGCCCCCUCCUCCUCCUCCCAAGCACUUUCCACCGGGUCAGCCCAGCCAGACUCAAAACCCCUGGCACCCAAAGAAGAUGGUACGGCCCAGCAGAUCAUGCAGCUGCUCCAUGAGAUCCAGAACCCUCAGGGGGCGCAAAGAUCACCCCCCUUCCUCGGGGAGAACCCCUGCAUCCCUUUCUUCUACAAGCCUGACGAACAGGACGAAGUCAAGAUCCUGGUUGUGUGAGGUGUGCGUGAGUGUGUGACAGUGUGAGUGUUUGAACUUUUGGGGAAAAUGAAACAUCACAGUUUCUAUAGCUUAUUUAUCUCAGACACAAACACUGCAAGAACAUCGAUCCUUCUUCAAAACUGCUCACACAGAGGCGAGUAUUUCAUGGUAUUGUUUGUUUUUUUUUAUGUCCAUGAUGCUCUCCCCUGAAAAGACAUAAUCAGUAUUCCUCAGGCGAUCUGAUUAUUCUUCCUCCCACCACUCUCAACACCCACCCCUCUUCCUUUGUCUCCCAUCUUACACAGAAGUGCAAUAAAGGGGUCGCAGAUGCCGUCCCCUCGCUGAUACAGCACUUGUAAAGAGCUGUAAAAGAAUAUCCGCCUGUUUGCGUGCAACUUUAAUUUAUAGUUAAUCUCCAUUUUUACACAACUCACUGUACAAAUGCCAAAAAAAAAAAAAGGAGCGCAACAUUUGAAUGUAAUGACCUUACGUCUUUGUGAAAUUCAAGGAGGAGCGAUGAUGUCGAAAAGGUGCAAGCCUGGGUAGAGAUACAAGAGAGAAAUGUACGAGGAAGUCAGAAAAGAAAUGUCACACCAUUCUGGUGGUGAGUCCAGAGCUCGCAGGUUACAUGACGAGGUUUAGGGAGACGGAGGCGGGUGUUUCAGGUCGGUACUUUUCUCAGACCGCCUGUUGUCUGCAUUAUCAGUUUUUCUCCAAACACUGAAAAUGAGUCAUACUGUACAGUGCCGUGUUAAUGUUAAUAUAUGCGAGACUUUUGUGUUGUAAUGUUUUCAAUCAACCUGUCAGACUGAGAACAGUCAACACAGUUACAUUAGUCAUUAGAGAGAAAAGAUGCACUUUCAAGAUCCCAUGAAGAAGAAAUACAUUAAAAGUCAAGAUUAUUAAAGCGUUGUCUUCCUCAGAGUGUGAUAUGGAUGCGUAUUAGAGUUCAGGGGUGAGAGCUAACUUUAUGAUUCGACUUAAUCGUCUUAUCAUUAAUGUUACAGAUACCGUGGCACAGUGACAUGAGGAAGUUACAGCGUCUAUAAUCUCCUCCUCUCAUGAUUGAUCUCUUUUUAACGUUAAGUGUUCUGGUGGCCUCUUCACAAGCUUGUUCUCUAACUUCUAGUUCACGGGAUCUUUAAGUUUUCAAACGAAUCAACACUAUUAAUAAAAGCAGGUCUAUUUCUGUUAAGUUUGCAACAUGCUCCACAUAUCAAAGACGAAUCAGCGCACAUCCUCUACAACUGGACUGUGUGAAUGUGUCCGUGAUGUGUGAGAGCGGAAAUCCAAACCGUUCCUCUCUUCAGGCAAAAGUUGUAUCUGUUGUAAUUUUUUUAAGAGUUCUAUCAAACGAGUAUGAUUGCACUAAAACUGUACAAAGCUUCUUAUUCUGUCCUCUGAGGCCGGUUGGACAGAGAUGUUUUCUACCACAGAGCCUCUCAUUAACAUCUGUGGAGGAAAAGAGGAAUCCUAUGAAGCUGCUGUGCCGGGCUGAGGUUUCCAAUUAAAACAAAUGGAUUGGAAUUGUGUUGACGCGUGCGUGUGUGUGUGUGUGCAGUGUCGCACUUUAAGAAUGAAGAUGGAAGGCGUGUAAAUACGAGUAGACUUGAUGAGAUUUCUCUUUUCAUGAAGUUGUAAAUUCCCGAAAGUGAGGGACCAAUCAGAAUUUGAGAAAGUGGGCAACUCUUAAAACCUGGAGGAUAAAACUGGUCAUCUGUUUCAUUCAUGUUUAUUUUUUAAAACAUUCAUGUUCAUCUUCUUUGGGCAUUAAAACACGAUUGGUCUGAUCUUAGGCUUCAUCGCAGCUUUAAGAGAGAGAUGCUUAUAUUCAAAAAUACAAACUGAGACACCACGAUUUUAAAAUGCCUCGAUCUAAGGGUCUCAUUGCUUCUUUUUAAGGUAUUUCCCCUUCUUACCUGGAUGUAUUUGAGUUUUAAGUUCUGUUGUGUUGACUUUAUGGGAGAGGACACUUAAUUUCACUUAUUUAAUUGCACAUUUGAGAGAGGUCACUUAAAGCAACAGGACAGGAAGCGUGUGUGAAAAAUCUAAUAUAGAAACCAAAGUGCUUUUGGUGCCAUCCUUAAUUAAAAAAAAGAGAAAAAUCCUAGCUUCAAAGCAUUCUUACACUUAUUGGUUUAUCUUUGAAACAUGCCAUGAUAUGACUUUUCCUUUAUUUUGUUUUCAGGAGUAGUAAAACAAAGAGAAAAAUACAAAAUAAAGAUAUAAUUGUGCUGUUUUGGGGCUAACAAAUAUGGAUAAAUCUACUUCCAUGCUUUCUAAUCCACUGUUAAAUAUGUAAUGUGUGAUUUAAUAAAUAGCAACGAGAAAUCAUCGUCUUUACUGUAAAGGAGGUGGUGUAUAUACUGUAACUGUGUAACAUAUUGUAUAUUCAUUAUGCCUGGUGUGUGGGGGGAAAGCUGCUCUGCCAUGUUUUCUGGCAGUGAGAAGUGUGUGUAUGUCUGUCACUUCAGAGUCAGGGCGUUGGCGGUUACAGACUGGCUGUGAUUUAUUACAAAGAUUGACUAAAAAAAGAGAAAAUAUUCUAUUUAUUUGGAUAAGUUAGUAUCUCAACUAAUCAGUUUUAAUGUAAAAUAGAAGUGACUGUAGGAUGGAAAUGAAGGAUCUUUCAGAGGACUGAUUUGUUGGAGGGCUGCUUCUGACAGAAGCUUACUGAUUUGUUUUUUCUUCCUUAAUAUUUUCUCCCCUUCUCCUGAAUAAAGCUGAUCGAGCAACUUAAACAAACUGGGAUUUUAUUUAUUUGUGAUGGUGAUUCUCAAAAUGUUCUUAAGUGAUAUACACAUAAAUUUAUUUUAUAAGUAAAAAAAAAACAGAUGAAUCAUUAAACGGAAAUAAAUGUCAUAUCUACAUUUCUACCUUAAAAAUUCCAGAUAUUUUACUGUUAUAUAUGAAAACUAAAAAUUUUUUUAUCCCAUUACUUCUAGAAACCAUUUUUAUUCUGAUGACUCAUGUUUGUCCAAGUUUUAGUUUUUUUGAGACAUUUUCAGACAAAAUUUUUUGAAAACCUGAAAAUUCUUGGGAAUUUUCUGAAACUCAUUUUAAACGGAGGUGUGAAACAGCCAAAAAAGUAAAAUGAAAUAAGUUCUUUUGGAAAUCUGAAGAAUUUUUUCAUGAGGUUAGAGGUUAAAAAACCAAUAAAUUUUUUUGCCAAAAGUAAGUUUUUUGAUGAAAACUUUCUGGAGUUAAAUAUCUGUGAACCUUUUAAAAUAUUUUUAACUUAAAGCAUUAAAACAACUGCCCACCUUAGGCCAUUUUCAACCUUUGUUUUUUAUUUGUUUUUUUUGUGAACAUUCGGGAAUUUUUGGGAUAGCAUUUUUCUUAAAGUUUCAGAAAUUCUUAAAAUGAAUUCUGGAAAGUUUCAAAUGAUUUUAGAAGUUGUCAGUUUUGUGAAUAUUUGGACAUAAAAAAUUUUAGACACUAAAGUAAACUCUAAAGCUUCUACCUGGGAGUACUUUAUCAGUUUGUAUUUUAGAAAAGACAACUCUAGAGAAAAUAUACAGGUCCUGGACCUUUUUGCAUUAACA